AUGUACACUAGGACACAGAACCUGACUGGAUACAAAGGAAAGGCCAAGAAGAUUGGUGCUGACAGCCAUGCUACUCCACAUAGAAGAUUCCAUCAUCCAGAGAUUGAUACCGACCAGUUCAUAAUUCCACCAGACAGCGUCUACAAGUUCAAGAAGAAUGGAGAUACCCUAAGAGGAGGUAACAAGGAGCAGAACCUUUGGUAA